AUGCGCGCUGCUCAGCUUCAAGAACAGCAAACGUUACCAAUCUAUUCCCAACCGUUUUAUUCGUCUCCAUCCGGUUAUAAAAUGAGAGCACGUCUAUAUCCAGAUGGCAACGAAAAAAACGCAAGAGGAACACAUAUAAGUAUCUUCUUUGUUUUGAUGCGUGGUGAAUUCGAUCAGUUACUUCAAUGGCCGUUUUCCUUCGAAGUUAUGUUUUGUCUAUUUGAUCAAAGUGGUGAAAAUCGUCAUAUUAUUCGAUCUUUUUCACCUUGUGAUUUCGGUAAGUUGCCGUCAUUCCAACGUCCUCAUGCUGGAAUGAAUCCUGGUUGGGGUAUACCGAAAUUUGCUCCGCUAACGAUGUUGCAUCAGAGUGAAAAUCCGUAUAUAAUGCAUGAUACAAUAACUAUUAAAAUUUUGGCUAAAGGAAAUGAAUUACCAAAAUCAAUGAUACCUCACAUAUUUACACUUAAUCCCAUCGUUCCGUUAAAUAUUGACGAAUUGACAAUUGUCAAAGACCUAGCUCUCCUAGAUGAACGACAAAUAUCAACCGUAGGGGAACGAGGCGAGGGAACAUGGGUAGAGGAAAACUUAUGGGAAGUGCUGCUCGUUAGAGGCGCGGAAGAAGAAAAGAUUGAGAGAGAAUUUUAUGACAACUAUCUGAAAAGAAGGUUUUUGCAAAAUAAUCUUAGUGCUACAUUCAAAGAUUUUUUAUAUGGCAUCGGGGAAGUUGACCAGGCAAAGGAGUUUUGUGAAUUUUUACAAUCCGAACAAGACCAAUCUCAACCAAAUAAAGAACGCUUCCCAAAUCCACGAAACUAUGAAAUAUACGUAGAGGUUCGUGAACUAGUUGUCAGUUUAAGCAAUGUUAUGAAUAUACCGUACGUCCCACAAUACUUGCUAAUUUGGUUAGAUGAUCAUAUCCGCAAUUAUACUAGUAUACAAAAUGAUAUCAGUAUGACCGUCGGCCAUGGUGAUGCUACAGUGAUUGAGACCAAGGAAGGUUUCAUAGUACGAUCACCAUCGUUUGUUGCUGUUGACACAAUUUCAGCGUUUCUAAGUAAGAUUCAAGAAAAUCAAGACAAAACGUUGGUUAUAAUUACAUCAGGAGCGUUCGGAAAACAAGUUAUUGCUGAACAAUUCAAAUCUGUUGAUUCGAUUUAUAUUUUCUGUUAUGAUAUUGCUACACAUGUCAGUGACUGGGCUCUGGAUCACAUUGAUCGUGUCUGUGGUAUGGUUAAUCAUGAAAAAGGUCUGAACAUAACGAUGAUGAUGAAUUUGAAUUGA